UACCCGACGGUGGGUACAAAAUGCGGCCGGGCAGGAGGUACCGGUACCUGUCGAGGCCGUAUCUUCGCGUCGUCGAAGUAUUUGGAGUCGUUGGGGCUUGGAGACUUCCACGAUCCUCGACUGCGACGAGACUGCGGAGCCAAAGAUAGAGGAAGAUGCCGCAGCAAACGCCAUGUGACGCUGCCGGUGGGUUCGACCCAAUCUCGAAAGCCGGGGCAGGAUGAUGGGGAAUGACGAUCCAGCCCGAUUGCCCAUGACUAUUUAUUGACGAUCUUCUUCCCCUUUCAUCCCUCUCUUUGUGCUCGCUCUGAAACACCGCCCUGCCUGGCCCUUCAUUCUGUCGCCCGGCAUUCUUCUUUAUUUACCUCCUUGUUCCUCGCUCCUUUCUCUCCAGGUCCAUGGUUUCUGUCCCCUCGACCUGGGCUAGCUUCUGAUCAUGCACUUUUCUUCUCUCUGCACGGCGUUGAUUGCGGCGACCGGCGUGGCCGCCGUCAAGGUCAACCCGUUGCCUGCGCCGCGCGACAUCAGCUGGAGCUCGUCCGGUCCCAAACACCUGGCCCACACGCUGCACCUGCGCACGAAGUCCGACACCAAGGAGAACAUCCUCUCCAAUGCCUGGGACCGCACCUGGAGGUCCAUCUCCGACCUGAAAUGGGUCCCCGCCGCGGUCGAGGCUCCCAUCUCGUCCUUUGAGCCCUUCCCUACCAGCACCCCCAGCCCCUCGGCACACAAGGGCAAACGGGCGGAGGCUGCGCUGCUGCAGUAUGUCGACGUGACUGUGGAGGACAACAAGGCGGAUCUCCAGCACGGCGUCAAUGAGUCGUACUCGCUGGUCGUCUCCGAGAACCGGGACAGCAUCGCCAUCAAGGCGCACACCGUCUGGGGCGCCUUGCAUGCGUUCACCACGCUGCAGCAGCUGGUUAUCUCCGACGGCGGCAAGGGUCUUCUCAUCGAGCAGCCCGUCGUCAUUCAGGACGAGCCGCUCUACCCGUACCGUGGCAUCAUGAUGGACACCUCCCGCAACUUCAUCUCCGUGCCGAAGAUCCUCGAGCAGCUGGACGGCAUGUCGCUGUCCAAGCUCAACGUGCUGCACUGGCACCUGGACGACGCGCAGUCCUGGCCCGUCCAGGUCGACGCCUACCCGCAGAUGACCAAGGACGCAUACUCGCCGCGCGAGAUCUACAGCCACGCCGACGUGCGCAAGAUCGUCAAGUACGCGCGCGGCCGCGGCAUCCGGGUCAUCCCCGAGAUCGACAUGCCCAGUCACUCGGCCGCCGGCUGGCAGCAGGUCGACCCGGACAUGGUGACGUGCACCGACUCCUGGUGGUCCAACGACGUGUGGGAGCUGCACACGGCCGUGGAGCCCAACCCCGGCCAGCUGGACAUCAUCUACCCCAAGACGUACGAGGUGGUGCGCGACGUCUACAACGAGAUCUCGGAUUUGUUCCCGGACCACUGGUUCCACGUUGGCGCCGACGAGAUCCAGCCCAACUGCUUCAAUUUCAGCCAGCACGUGACGGAGUGGUUCGCCGAGGACGCCUCGCGCACAUACCACGACCUGGCGCAGUACUGGGUCGACCACGCGGUGCCCAUCUUCCGCAACUACAGCGCCGACCGCCGGCUCGUCAUGUGGGAGGACAUCACGUUGUCCGCCGAGCACGCGCACGACGUCCCCAAGGACAUCGUCAUGCAGAGCUGGAACAACGGCCUCGAGUACAUCUCCAACCUGACGGCGCGCGGCUACGACGUCAUCGUCUCCUCCUCCGACUUCCUGUAUCUCGACUGCGGCCGCGGCGGCUUCGUGACCAACGACCCGCGCUACAACGUCAUGUCCAACCCGGGCACCGCCGACGUCCCCAACUUCAACUACGGCGGCGGCGGCGGCUCGUGGUGCGCGCCCUACAAGACCUGGCAGCGCAUCUACGACUACGACUUCACGCUGAACCUGACCUCCGCGCAGGCCAAGCACGUUAUCGGCGCCACGGCCCCGCUCUGGAGCGAGCAGGUCGACGAUGUGACGGUGUCCAGCCAGUUCUGGCCGCGCGCCGCGGCGCUGGCCGAGCUGGUGUGGUCGGGCAAUCGGGACGCGCACGGCAACAAGCGCACGACCGAGAUGACGCAGCGCAUCCUGAACUUCCGCGAGUACCUGGUUGCCAACGGGGUGAUGGCCACGGCGCUGGUGCCGAAGUACUGUCUGCAGCAUCCGCAUGCGUGCGACCUGUACCAGAACCAGACGGCCAUUCAGUAGUCGAUUUCAUAACUUGCAUUGGGUGGUUGGAUUUGGAUUUGUUGAUUUUGAUCUUGAUUUCGAUCUUAGCAUGGUAUCUGGUUGGUUGUCGGGUUAUCUGCCGUUAUCCUGUCUUGACUGUACAGACCAUCAUUUUGAAUUGAUUACUUUUAGAGACCA